UUCUUGAACCGGGAAAGUGGGGGAUUUGUCAUAUUGCAGUUUCUCAGCUCCGAAACUAAACCUAAUCAGAGUUGCUAGUUUCCUCCCAGAUUCGUGUUUCAGCUCCAAGGUUUUCUUCACUACUCUUUUGCUCCAAGUCAGUACUAUUUAUUAGCAAUGGCGGAUGAAGAACCUGUUGAUCAGAAAAGGUAUCUUGAAGAAGCUUGCAAGCCCAAGUGUGUGAAACCACUACUUGAAUAUCAGGCGUGCGUGAAGAGAAUCCAAGGGGACGAGAGUGGUCAUAAGCAUUGCACUGGACAAUAUUUUGAUUACUGGUCUUGCAUCGACAAAUGUGUUGCACCAAAACUAUUUACGAAACUGAAGUAAUGGACAAUUGUUAGGGAUGUGGGGAUCCUUUCCUUUUGUGCUUGAUUUUUUAUGCAACCUGUUUUUGUGGACUUGGUUUUUGCAUCUACAAAAAAUGCCAAGGGCUGUGCAAUUUUAUAAAAAUUAUGAAGACCUUUAACCAUGGUCAAUAAGAAAGGAUGUUGGAUUCACGUUUUGAGCUUG